GCCCACGCCGACACUGUUCACGUAAACAGACCUCGCCAGGUUCGGUACAAUCCAACGAGAAGCUGAAGCCGCAGCGCGAGAUCCGCCGCACAGCAUAAACCAGGAAUUCCACCCCCUUGAGCACGCGGCCGGCCUGACUUCCCACCCCCUUCCCGCCGUUAAACACCUCCCCGUCACCGCCGUCCGCCGUCGCCGGCGAAGAUGAUGUCCGGCGGUGGGUACUCCUCCCUCGACGACCCCAAGGCGUCCGGAUCCGUCCCGGCGGUGGCGGGGCCAGAUCCGCCGGCCAUCAGGUUCACGGACUCCAACCUCCAGACCUUCCCGCCGUCCGACGCCAGGGGCAAGAUCUCCGGCGCCUACCGCCCGCCCACCGACGCCGACGAUACCUUCUCGUCCAAGGCUGGAGGAGUCGGUGGCGGUGGCAGAGGAGGCAGCGCCGGGUCGGACGACGCCGCGCAGGGCGGAUGGUUCCGGAUAUUCUCCGUGGCGGCGUACAAGCCCUACUUCGAUGUCGACACCUCCGACGUCGUCGAGAGGAUCUGGGAGUCCAUCUUCCCCUUCCGCGGCACGUUCACUGAGAAGACCUCCGAGAACCCCGACCUGUAUGGGCCGUUCUGGACAUGCACCACCCUGAUUUUCGUUGCUGCAUCUAUUGCCACCUUUGUCACCUACCUAUCACACAAAUGGCACAAGAAGGAGUGGAACUAUGACAUUAAUUUGGUUACCUGGUCUGCUGGCUUAUUCUAUGGCUAUGUGACGUUUGUUCCCCUUCUCUUAUAUGUUAUUCUUAAGUACUUCUCAGCACCUGCUGGUCUUGUGCAAUUGUGGUGCCUCUAUGGAUACUCCCUGUUCAUCUUCAUUCCAGCAUCGCUUUUGUCAAUUGUGCCAAUAGAAAUAUUCAGAUGGGUGAUUGCUGGUGUCGCUGGAUUCAUGUCUGCUACCUUUGUUGCUGUAAAUCUCCGUGCCCACAUUGUAAAUUCCGGCGAGCGAUGGUUCCUGAUCGUUGCAGGGAUAUUCUUGUUGCAGUUGGGGCUUGCUGUCUUACUGAAACUCUAUUUCUUCACAAUAACUGUAUAGGGUUGUUACAUCUAUGCUGUAUUAGUCAGGAAUACACACAAAUUUUCCAUGUCGAAUUGCUUCAAAAUUCAUUGAACAUUGAUGUAAUUUUCCAAGUAUACAUCUUUCUUACAUGAAACUUGGGCAGCUUAUGAAAUCGUAUUAGAGCAGCUAAACAUGCACUCAUAGGAGGUCAAGAGUCUGUUCUGGAGCCUAUUCUGUGUUCCACUGCAUGGUAUGAAUAACAAAUCAGAAAUCACUAUAUUUUCA